AUGAGCGCUGGCGACGCCGUGUGCACCGGCUGGCUCGUAAAGUCGCCCCCCGAGCGGAAGCUGCAGCGCUAUGCCUGGCGAAAGCGAUGGUUUGUCCUCAGGCGGGGCCGCAUGAGUGGCAACCCUGAUGUCCUAGAGUACUACAGGAACAAGCGCUCCAGCAAGCCCAUCCGUGUGAUAGACCUCAGUGAAUGUGCAGUGUGGAAGCAUGUAGGCCCAGGCUUCGUCCGGAAAGAGUUUCAGAAUAAUUUCAUGUUCAUUGUCAAGACAGCUUCUCGUACAUUCUACCUGGUGGCCAAGACUGAGGAAGAGAUGCAGAUCUGGGUACAUAGCAUCAGUCAGGUCUGCAACCUCAGCCACUGGGAGGGCGGUGCAGCAGAUUCUGCGGACCAUCUCUCUCACAUACCCUCCUCCCUGCAGCCUUCCCCUGCCAGUCCCCUUCACACCUCCCAGGCUGCCAGAUCCUUGCCAGGAGGUGACCCAAGUACUAAUACCAUAGCCACUGAAGAAACCAGAAGUGAGCCGGAAUUUCUCUUCCUUCCUGAUUAUCUGGUUCUGUCCAACUGUGAGACCGGAAAGCUCCACCACACCAGUCUACCCACAAGGUGUGACAGCUGGUCGAACUCAGACCGUUCGUUGGAGCAAACUUCAUUUGAUGAUGUUUUCCUUGAAUGCUUCCAGUCACUGCCCUCCAGUAACUUGGUGUAUUCUUCAUGCCAUGGGAAUGGAUCACAGGAGGCACCUUCCACCAAGCCCCAGGCUGCCGUAGUCAGGAGUAGAGAAGUCAAUGGGCCACCUAGGGACCACUUGUCAUCUUCAUCAUUGCUGGAGACAUCCUUAAAUGCUACCAUCCAAGUUGAGAAAAGCCAAGAUUCCUUACCCUGUGGAGUGGAAGAAGUAGAUAUUUUGUCUCAUACCCCACCUCCCCGGCCUCCUAAGCCACGCUAUCUUUCUGAAAGGCACCAGGAGGAGCCAUGCCUGUGGAGUAGACACAGCAGCAUCAAGAACCCAGGAUGCUGUAUGGUUCCAAGAAGAAUCUCUCUCUCUGAUUUAGAUAACAUGGGGACCUGGAAAGUUGGUGUAGAAGACCGGUCCUUAAGACACCGAGACAAGAGGCUUAGUUUAAAUUUGCCAUGCAGGUCCUCUCUGAUGAGCCCCCCAGCUUCAGCCAGUGUUGACGGUGCCUAUGUGCCCAUGGGCCCCCACAGCAACCCUAAUGACUAUAUCCCUAUGAGCUCAGGAAGCGGCAUCUCCAGCCUGGAACCUCCUCCAGUGAAUAGAGAUCUCAAGCCUCAAAGGAAAUCACGACCACCUCCACUGGACCUCCGAAACCUCUCCAGCAUCCGGGAGCACUCGUCCCUAACCCGGACACUCACUGUGCCAUGCAAUCGGAGUAGCUUUCUCUCUCCAGAAAGAAGUGGUAUUAAUUCUGCAAGAUUUUUUGCCAAUCCUAUUUCCAAGGAAGAGGAAGAAUCCUACAUCCAAAUGCAGGAACACAGACAAGCCAACUCCAUGAGCAUUGGUGCGUUUACGUGGACACAGCAAUUCAGCCUGGAUUACUUAGCUCUGGACUUUAAUUCUGCAUCACCAGCACCUGUACAGAAGAAACCUUUUCUUUCAGAAGAACAAAGAGUAGACUAUGUCCAAGUGGAUGAGCAGAAGACACAGGCUCUGCAGAGCACUAAGCAGGAGUGGACUGAUGAGAGGCAAUCCAAAGUGUGA